AUGAGCGGCGAGAUUGAUGCCCUCUACAUAUAUGAUGAAUUCAACAACCCUCUUGUAGAGCAUGUCUAUCGCUCCCGUCCGCCCUCCGCGGCGUCCAUCUUGCCCCUCUACAACGCCCAUCCAGCCCCGCGCCCUUCACUCCUCUAUCUCCCCAGCGCUUCGCCACCGGUAACGGUGUACUCUAUCGUCCAGUCAAAUUUGCUCUUUCUUGCUGUGUCAGAGGUUGAUACGGAACCGCUUCUCGUGCUGGAAUUCUUACACCGGGUCGUCGAUGUGCUCGAGGACUUUGUCGGAGCGCCGUUGCUCUCAUCCAAACUGCAGGCGAACUACGAUGUAGUCGCACAACUGCUCCAUGAGAUGUGCGAUGCAGGCAUCGUAUGUAAUACUGAGCCUAAUGCGCUGCAAGAGGCCGUGGAGAUGCCCGGGUGGAUGGACAAGUUGCUAGGAGGUGUAGGGUUACCUGGGACGUCCUCACCCACCAUGGGGCCUCCGAAUCCGUUGAAACAAGGACUAUCAUCUGCUAGUAUAGCCCAGGGCCCUGCGAUUCCUUGGAGGAAGGCUGGAGUAAGGCAUACUUCCAACGAACUAUACGUCGAUAUCAUCGAAUCCUUGUCCGUCACAAUCGCACCGUCAGGACGGUUGCUGUCCGCUUUGGUAUCAGGGACUAUUGCUUUCACGGCUAAGAUCUCUGGUGUACCCGAUUUGCUUCUCUCCCUCGUUACUCCUGGUGGCCAGCAAGCCAUCGCUCGAAAGAUUGAGUUGCCUGUGUUUCACCCUUGCGUCCGACUUGCUAGGUGGAGGGAACGACCGGGAGAACUGAGCUUCGUACCUCCAGAUGGUCGUUUUAUCCUUGCAGGAUAUGAGGUCGAUCUUCUUCCUAUUGACCCCGAUCUCGACGAGUCGCCCACUCAUAUGGAGAAGGUGUUUCUCCCUGCCAUUGUGGACAUGCGAAAGUCCCUGGGGACGACGGGCUCUGACUUUGAGGUCCGAUUAACUCUCAACACCAACUUCCCCGGCUUCCCGCCCCCUGCCCGACCGGGGGUUGGGCGGAACGCUUCUGGCACAUCGACUCCUUCGUUCCUCGGCGGAGGAAGCGGAAAUUCCUCGUCGCCAGUUUUGGAAGAAGUCGUAGUCACAGUGCCUAUUCCCCAAUCGGUUCGAAAUAUCACCGACAUGAAAGCCAGCCGAGGCGAGGCCCUUUUCUCGCCUGGAAACGACUUUCUCGAGUGGCGAGUGCCAACAAAAGACGCUGGAACUGUCUCUGGGACCGCAACCCUCCGCUGUACCGUCGUUGGAUACCCCAGCGUAGACGACGAUUUUGACGACGGCGCCGAGGAUGCGGACGCCAACGCUAAUCUGCUACAAGGUUACUACGACGAUAACGCAUCCUACCAACCAUCCGACAUGGCCAACCCCGGCCCCUCAAAACGCAAAACCAAGAAGAAGGUCAAGAAAGUCAAGAAGGUCCCCAAGUCUAGCGCCUCAGCUGAUCCCGACCGACCACGCUCAUCCCCUGAUGCCUCCAAACCACAAAGUCCUGCUCCGCCCCAAUCUCAACCCCAGCCCACAUCGGAGCCGUCCGAAUCCUUCUCCAUCUUCCACACACCUGCCAAGAAAACCAAAUCACAGCUCAAUGCGAGCCUUAUGCCUAACUCUGCAUCUGUUUCAUUUUCCGUGCGAGGGUGGCUGCCCUCGGGUAUCAAGGUCGAUAGUCUGAACAUCGAUCCGAGACGGAGUCGGGGUCUUGGAGAGGGCGUAAAACCGUUCAAGGGUGUCAAGUAUCUGUGUCUGAGUCGGAGGGGAGUGGAGAGAAGAUGUUGA